UAUCAGGGUGCAAACAUGGUUUUCUCAUGAGCAAAGUCUGUACCAAUUUGUCCCUGAAAGACCAAGGAGACGGGGAAUUCUAAUAACAGGUUGGAAGCUGUUUAUUUACUUUUCCGGCGUCUGUGCAGGAAGUCUGAGCUAAAAUAGGUGCAGAGAUGGGAGUAUAAUUACCAUGGGAAGCCUGCAUUCUUGCUGUGCGAUCAGUGUGUGCAGCGACUUGCGGGCCCAGGCAUACCUGAGUGACAAAAGAGAACCUCAUCUUUAAAACUCAUUGCUACCAGUGUGAAUACCUGAGAGAGACAGCCAUGCUGAAACAGAUUUUGGCAGAUAUGUACGUUGAUCCUGACCUGCUGGCAGAGCUCAGCGAGGAACAGAAACAGAUCCUCUUCUUCAAGAUGAGGCAAGAACAGGUCAGACGGUGGAAGGAAAGAGAAACUGCCACAGACAAGAGUUCAACAAAAAAACCUGCACCAAGGAAAGCCAAGGGGAAGUCGGUGAAGUGGAAGCUCGGAGCAGACAGUGAAGUCUGGGUCUGGGUCAUGGGCGAGCACACGUUGGAUAAGCCAUAUGACAUGAUCUGUGAUCAGAUCCUUGCUCAGAGGGCCCAGCAACAACCCAAGGAGGAAGUCAGAGAGAGUCAAGCAUUGACCAAGCCUUCCAUAACAUGGUCUCUGCAUUCUCAGCUAAGAGCCCUGGACAGGAUGGACGCCCACAGAAAUGACAGAAACACUGGAGAGGGGAGGGAAGAAGAAGCAAUGAAAGUGGCAAAUGCCAAGGAGAGAAGUCAGAAGCAAACUCAGUCUGUGCCCAGUAAAACCAGAGACAUUCAUCAGAUGCUGGCAGACUGCCAUAUGAGGGACCGUGGCUUCCAGCAGCAGAAGAAGGAAGAAACAAGGAGGAAUCCAGGAGACACCAGAUCAGCAAAGGAGACGGCCACUUGCUGUGAACCAAACUGCGGGGAGAUGCAGGAGUCAGCACAGAACUCAGACAAGGACAACCCUGAGUGGCAGGCAUCCUUGAGCAAAUCCAAGGCGGCUGAUGAGAGGAGACGCAGCAUUGCGAGACAAGCCAGGGAUGACUACAGAAGACUGUCAUUGCAGGGUGUCCAGAAAAGCAAGAGGGCUGAGGCCUCCAAGAAAGCUCAGGAUGGGAAGCAGGGACAACCUUCCCAUCCUCCUCUUCCACCAAAGCCUAAGAUCCUAAAUGAUGGAGUAGUUAGCAGGAAGCGGGGAGUGCAGCGGACAAUCUCCAGUUCCACCGAAGAGGGCAUCAUCAGGUGGUUUAAAGAAGAGCAGUACCCCCUUCGAGCUGGGUAUGAAAAAUCUGCUGACAGCAUAGCACCCUGGUUCCACGGUAUCGUAACCUCCAAGAAAGCAGAGGAACUUCUUAGCAAAUCAGUGCCUGGGAGCUUCCUGGUGCGAAUCAGUGAAAAAAUCAAAGGCUACGUGCUCUCCUAUUUGUCUGUGGAGGGCUGUAAACACUUCCUCAUAGAUGCCUCUAGUGACUCAUACAGCUUCCUUGGAGUAGACCAGCUGCAGCACUCAACGCUGGCUGACCUUGUCGACUACCACAAGGAGGAGCCCAUCACUUCAUUGGGGAGAGAGUUGCUGCUUUACCCAUGUGGCCAGCAGGAUCAUGAACCAGAUUACCUCGACCUCUUUGAGUGAACCCUUCCACGCCCAUUUUAGGCUACAUACCAGUGCCAGUCCCUGAACAAAAAGAAACUGUUUUCCACAAGACUGAACUCUAAGCAGAGCCAGCAUCAGUCAUCUGAACUUAUUGACCCAAGUGCCUCUGUUUUAAAUAACAAAGCAGCAGAAGGGCAAUUACUACUGCAUGCUUGCUGUUAGCAGCAGGGCUGAAAGAACCUACACCCCAGCAUGUCAUAAGGAAGCUAGAGGCACCAAACCAAAUGGGCUAAAAUCGGAAGUGGGAAGAACUCUGUGAUCCAAAGUAGAGCUGGCAUCAGCUGUUCUAAGACACCUCUGUUUAAGCUGCUUUUUGCCCUAAGGCUGCAGCCUAACAUGUCAGUACAAAAGAAUGCUUUGUGCCUUUUGCCAUAGGUGAAGUGAGCACCACUUUGUUUCGAAUGGCAGACGAUCUCACCAAGUUGACCCCAGAGGGUAAAUUGCCUGAUGUGAGGAUCAACCCUUCAAAAUGCUGAACCCUCUGGAAUCAACAUAGCAUCCAGCACAAUUCAGGAAGUGCCCCGCUGUGCAGAGGAGCCAACACAAGACCCCUUAAUCCCCAAGUACCAAGCACUGGAGUUUCCCUGCCAGCACCAGAGCUGUGCGCCAGCCUCUUUGCACAGGACAAGAUUGCACCCAAGAGAGCCUGGAGAUGGAAACAGAGGUGGAAAUGCUAGCUACAACCUUCCACUUUUGUGCACAGAGCCUGGAAGAUUUAAACCCAGUACCCUUGGGCAGCCUUAUUGCUUAUCAUCAGUAUUAUCUAACUGUUCAUGCCUGAAUGUCUGCAAUAAAGCAUGCUAUU